UGUAAUUUUAGUGCAUGCGUCUCUGUGUGUGUGUGUGUGUGUGUGUGAGAGAGAGAGAGAGAGAGAGAGAGAGAGAGACUCUGCAGCAGUGAAAGUCCACAUGCACGGGAGUAACACUGGAUAAGUGAGCAUGCAUGCGAGUUUUGUCUGUUUAGACAGGCAGUAGUUUUGAUAUUUCUAACACACACACACACGCACGCGCGCACACACACUGAAUGCUGCAGCUGUGGAAGGUUACAGACUCGCUGUUCAUCAGCAAUGCUCGCUCAGCCUGCAGUGAUGAGCUCAUCCAGAAGGAGGCAGUGACCCUCUGCAUCAACGUGUCCAAGCAGCAGCCCUGUCCCUCAGCCCGGGUCAGCACUCUGCGCGUGCCCGUCUACGACGAUCCCAACGAGGACCUGCACGCGCACUUCGACCGCUGUGCUGAUGUCAUACUCGGUGAAGCGGCGCGCGGCGGCCGCACCGUCGUCUACUGCAAAAAUGGCCGCAGUCGCUCGGCUACAAUAUGCAUCGCCUACCUCAUGAAGCACCACAGCUUGUCCUUACCCGAGGCGUAUGAGGUGGUGAAAAGUGCCCGAUCGGUGGUGGAGCCAAACCCGGGCUUUUGGGCUCAGCUGGAGCGAUAUGAGCAGGAGCUGAAGAGCAGGAGAGCACAACCAGAACACAAAGGCCUGCGGUUCAGCCAGCUUUCUCUGCAGCAACUAUUUCACCGAAGACAUACAUCACAAAAGAAAUCUAAUAUCUCUUAAAUGAACAAGAUUAUUCUGCAGCUACAUGAAAGUCAAAUCAGAAGCAGUACUGUGCCAGUGAAAAGCUUUUUAAACAUCAAAUAUCACCUCAAUUAGAUUAAGAAAUGGGUAGAAAUGAGAAAUUUAAAGGAAAAAUCUAGAUCGAAUUGGAAAAGCCUAAAAUCUACAUCUCUUCAAUUUACAAAUUCAUUUGUCUUACAGUUGAUACUAGCAUUGUUGAUAUAUUUGUGCAUCAUUGUGUAUGAGUCUCUUAUCUACAGGCUUCAUUGGUUUGCACCAGGCACUAUGUUUGAUUCAAUAAAUUCUUAUAUACAAAGAUUUCAGUCUUUAGAGGCAAACUUGCGCUGUGGUCCCUUCUGAAGCGAUGGACCCUACACAGAACCCAGUGCUUUGAAGAGGGACGAUCGCCCAGAGCAGCGAUAUAUAGGGUUCCAAACAAUAAAUGUAUCUAUAAAAGGAUCAAAUGUAUGAUGUGUCAUUCUUUAUUAUAUAUAUAUAAAAAAUGAUUGCAUUGGGAACUUGCUGUGGUGUAAGAGGAAUAAAAAAUAAAA